AUCCUGGAGUGAUGCAGUCUUUCGUCUCCCGUCUCGGAGAAGCCUCUCUUAACAGAGAUACUCCUGCUAGCUUAUCACAGCUCCAGCCGAUGAUGCUGGUCCCGUGAACACGGCGUAUCGGUGAUCACGGGCAGUCCCACAGUCUUGCGAGAGAUGGCAGUAGUCCGGGAAGGACUUCUAGUUGCGUGGGAAGUCAUCGAAUUUACACGCUUUGAUGCUGGCGAUGGGUAGAGCCAGCUCUUCUGAUGAGUGCCCGAUGGAUGGCUUGAAUCGGGACGUGAAGUUGAAGUGCUAAAAUGUCGUUGAUGGCAGAUAUCAUGACUUCUGGCCCGAGGAUUCCGCGACUUCUACGUGUUAGUCUUCUAAUAUUGCUCGCUCGUACGUCUUCGCGGCAAUGCUACAUGUAGCUGUAUACCAAAGGUCUGAUUACAGUGGAUCGUCACUCUCAUCAACCACACAGCGACGGCACUGUGUUGACUAGAGUCAUGGUAAGUGAAUCCAUACUGCGCUAGGCUGAAUUGGGUAGGACGUGGAGACGGCUUUUCGCGUGUUUCUAGAAAGAAACGCGAGCUUGACGAACAAGUUGGAAGAAGAAAGACGACACAUCACAACAACACACAAUCAUGUCUCAACAAAUUUUCGAAGAUGGCGGCGAGCAAGAGAGAGGAGAGCAGGCUCGUCUUAGCGCCUUUGUAGGAGCGAUUGCAAUUGGUGACCUCGUCAAGUCCACAUUAGGUCCAAAGGGGCAGGACAAGAUUCUCCAAAGUGCCUCGACGGGCCAGAUCAUGGUCACCAACGACGGCGCUACCAUCCUGAAGAGCGUUGCCCUCGACAAUGCCGCUGCCAAAGUGCUGGUCAACAUCUCGAAAGUGCAGGACGACGAGGUAGGAGAUGGAACAACCAGUGUCGCAGUCCUCGCAGCCGAACUUCUGCGCGAAGCCGAGCAGCUCGUCAACCAGAAAAUCCACCCACAGACCAUCAUCGAGGGCUACCGAAUAGCGAGCGCCGCCGCUCUGCAAGCACUAGAAGAGACCGCAGUAGACCACAGCUCGAAGCCCGAAGAAUUCCGCAAAGACCUGAUCGCAAUCGCUCGCACGACUCUCUCCUCGAAGGUGCUGUCGCAAGACCGAGAGUACUUCGCCACUCUCGCGACCGACGCCGUACUACGAAUGAAGGGCUCAACAGACUUGACGCACAUCCAGAUCAUCAAGAAGGCUGGCGGCAAGUUGUCAGAUUCAUACCUCGACCCGGGCUUCAUUCUUGACAAAAAGUUUGGAACGGGGCAGGUGAAGAGAGUGGAGAAUGCCAAAAUCUUGGUCGCAAACACAUCAAUGGACACGGACAAAGUGAAGAUCUUUGGUGCGAGAGUCAAAGUCGACGGGACAGGGAAGCUUGCUGAGCUGGAGAAAGCUGAAAAGGAUAAGAUGAAGGCAAAGGUGGAGAAGAUCAAGGCACAUGGCAUCAAUUGCUUCGUGAACAGGCAGCUGAUCUACAACUGGCCGGAGCAGCUUUUCACAGACGCGGGCAUUGCGUCAAUAGAGCAUGCUGAUUUCGAUGGUGUAGAGAGACUGGCGCUGGUGACUGGAGCAGAAAUCACGAGCACAUUCGAUCAUCCGGAGCACGUCAAGCUGGGACAUUGCGAUCUCAUCGAGGAGGUCGUGAUCGGGGAGGACAACUUGAUCAGAUUUUCGGGCGUGGCUGCCGGACGGGCUUGCACAAUCGUCCUUCGUGGAUCGUCAGAACAGCUGCUCGAUGAGGCUGAGCGCAGUCUGCAUGAUGCUCUUGCCGUUCUAUCACAAACUGUCAAGCACCCCAAGACGACGCUAGGAGGUGGCUGCGCAGAGAUGGUCAUGUCGAAGGCUGUGGACCAGGCUGCGCAGAAUGUUGCAGGCAAGAAGGCUCUUGCUGUUGAUUCUUUCUCAAAGGCUCUUCGACAGCUCCCCACAAUCCUGGCCGACAACGCUGGUUUGGACUCUGCCGAUCUUGUCGCGAGAUUACGCAAGGCCAUCUACUCGGGCAUGUCUUCGUCUGGUCUCGACUUGAUGAAGCCUGGAGGUGGUAUCGCCGACAUGCGCGAGCUGGGAAUCAUCGAGGCACACAAGCUCAAGCACGCUGUUGUCAGCUCGGCGAGCGAGGCCGCGGAAUUGCUGUUGAGAGUUGACAACAUCAUUCGUGCCGCACCCAGAAAGAGGGAGAGAAUGUGAGCUACUCAGAUGGACUUGUCACUGGAACUCGCAUAGCGCUGGAGUUUGGCAACACAACAAAAGCUUAUGUGUACGGCACCAUGAUAGCACGAGGAGAUUGUGCUGCUUACUAUAUACCACUGCCGAGACGCUGCGUAGCUACAUGAUGCAUGAAAAUGUGGUUAUGAAUGACAUCCGAAUCUUCAUUUUACCAGCCGUCAGAAACGCCCGACUAGUAUCCCGAGUUGAUGCAUAUGGGAAUCACGUACGAGUCAGGAACAUCGUCUUGCCGAGACUGCAGGCAGAGCCGUUGGCUGCUUUCUGCCUCGACAUCAGAUUCUCCAAUGACCUGUAUACUAUGCCAUUUGAGCAAAUAGGACAAUUGAGCAGAAGAUUGGUAUUAGCUUACAC